GUAUGCAACCGUUGGAGAUUAGGAAACUGUGCCUAAAUCGGAACUCCACUGCGCGCCAUCUUGGCUCGAGGGAGACUCUGGAAUACUAAUCCAGACCCACUCUCCCGGGCCAUUUCGGCUCUGGUCGGACUAGUUUCCUGGACGAUAGAGGGAGGAGUCUGGCAUUUCUGGAAGUCGGAGGGACAGCCAGUCAAAGCCAGCCAGCAUCUAAGGCAGCGUAGGAACUGGAGCAACGGUGGACGAAGGGUCGGCUGCGUUGGAGUCGGUUGGAAUACGAUAUAAUUUCUAUAUUUACAAGCACAGACGGUGUAUGCAGCAGAGUAGUCGUCGACAUGCACGUGAACGUCUUCCAUUUGGGCUCGGGAAGCUGAAGCAUAUUGUAACCGAUCAUAUUACGUGUUCGGUGGGAUAAGCCAUCUGUGAUACAUUGGGUGUGCACAGCGCAGUAACGGCGCGAGCCAACCGGUUGUUCCGUCGACAGCUAGCUCAUAUUAACCCAGCUAGCCAACCAUUUUUGAGAGCCCUGUUAGCUUGCGGUGAAGAGAGCAUCUUGGUCGUUGCGGGUAGCGUCCGUGGAUGCUGCUGAGGGACCCCUGAGUCUGGCAGCACACAACAGUGAGAUUCUACCCUGAGGUAUGCAUAGAGGGGUGUUUUUCUGCAAACGAGCGAGGAAAUCUCCACGCCCCGGAGUCUGGUCUGUGGUUACUGCUUAGCUAGCUCGCUGGCUAGCCAGCCUACCGGGAUUGUAGCUCAAGUGAAGGUGGGGCUGCGGAGUGACAGUCUUGGACCCCAGCUAGUGUGGCUAGCCGGCUAGCUUGGACUCUUUAGUGGACACUGUUUUUCUGUCACUGACAUUGAAGGGUGUAAAUUACCAGGAGUGCGAAGUCUGGCACAAUAGUGGCCACAUUUAUCGAAAAUACGUCGAGUCAGUGAAUCCUCCAAAACCCGUGUGGGUGGGAUAUCUUGAGGAGAGCAUCCUCGUUUACCUGUAUGACCAUGGCGGACGACGACGUGCUGUUCGAGGAUGUCUACGAGCUGUGCGAGGUGAUUGGCAAGGGUCCCUUCAGUGUGGUGAGACGCUGCAUCAACAGGGACACAGGCCAGCAGUUUGCUGUAAAGAUCGUCGAUGUGGCCAGUUUCACCUCCAGCCCUGGCCUCAGCACAGAAGAUCUGAAGCGAGAGGCCAGUAUCUGCCACAUGCUGAAACACCCCCACAUUGUGGAGCUGCUGGAGACCUAUAGCUCUGAUGGCAUGCUUUACAUGGUAUUUGAAUUCAUGGAUGGAGCAGACCUGUGUUUUGAAAUAGUGAAGAGAGCUGAUGCUGGGUUUGUGUACAGCGAAGCAGUGGCCAGCCACUACAUGAGGCAGAUUUUGGAGGCACUUCGGUACUGCCACGACAACAAUGUGAUUCAUCGUGAUGUAAAGCCUCACUGUGUGCUGUUGGCCUCAAAGGAGAACUCUGCUCCAGUCAAGCUGGGAGGGUUUGGAGUGGCAAUACAGCUGGGAGAGUCUGGUUUGGUAGCCGGAGGCCGAGUCGGUACUCCCCACUUCAUGGCCCCAGAGGUAGUCAAGAGGGAGCCAUAUGGCAAGCCGGUGGAUGUGUGGGGAUGUGGAGUCAUCCUCUUCAUCCUCCUGUCUGGCUGCCUUCCUUUCUACGGCACCAAGGAGCGUUUGUUUGAGGCCAUCAUCAAGGGGAAAUACAAGAUGAACCCACGCCAGUGGACCCACAUUUCGGAGAGUGCCAAAGACCUGGUCAGACGCAUGCUGAUGCUGGACCCUGCUGAGAGAAUCACUGUCUACGAGGCCCUCAACCACCCCUGGCUGAAGGAGAGGGACAGGUAUGCCUACAAGAUCCACCUGCCUGAAACAGUGGAGCAGCUGAGGAAGUUCAAUGCCAGGAGGAAGCUGAAGGGUGCUGUGCUGGCUGCUGUUUCCAGCCACAAAUUUAAUUCCUACUAUGGCGACCCCCCGGAGGAGCUGCAUGACUUCUCAGAUGACCCCACCUCUUCAGGAGCAGUAUCACAGGUUUUGGACAGUCUAGAGGAGAUUCAUGCAUUGACGGACUGCAGCGAGAAAGACAUGGACUUCCUCCACAGUGUCUUCCAGGAUCAGCACCUCCACACACUGUUGGAUCUUUAUGACAAAAUCAACACCAGAUCAUCCCCUCAGAUCAGAAAUCCUCCUAGUGAUGGAGUGCAGAGAGCCAAAGAGGUACUGGAAACCAUCUCAUGUUACCCAGAGAACAUGGAGGCCAAGGAGCUCAGGAGGAUCCUCACACAGCCACACUUCAUGGCUCUCCUGCAGACCCAUGAUGUGGUGGCCCAUGAGGUCUACAGCGACGAGGCACUGAGGGUUACACCUCCACCCACUUCACCUUACCUGAACGGAGACUCCCCAGACAGCACCAACGGAGACAUGGACCUGGAGAACGUCACCAGGGUUCGCCUGGUCCAGUUUCAGAAGAACACUGAUGAGCCCAUGGGCAUCACUCUGAAAAUGAACGACCUCAACCACUGCAUUGUGGCCCGAAUCAUGCACGGUGGAAUGAUUCAUCGACAAGGGACUCUACAUGUCGGAGAUGAGAUCCGAGAGAUUAAUGGCAUCAGCGUGGCCAAUCAGACGGUUGAACAGCUCCAAAAGAUGCUGAGGGAGAUGAGGGGAAGCAUCACCUUCAAGAUUGUACCCAGUUACCGGUCCCAGUCCAUGUCUUGUGAGAAAGAGUCACCAGAUUUGUCCCGACAGUCGCCUGCAAAUGGUCAUGCCAGUGUCACAAGCUCCAUCCUGGACCUGCCAUCGACGAUUCAGCCCAAAGGCCGUCUGAUCUCCAGAUCUGCUAUCAAGGACAAAUUGUCCAUCAAGAUUUACGUACGUGCUCAGUUCGAGUAUGACCCGGCCAAAGACGAUCUCAUCCCGUGCAAGGAGGCAGGCAUUCGCUUCCGGGUGGGUGACAUCAUACAGAUCAUCUCCAAGGACGACCACAACUGGUGGCAGGGAAAGCUGGAAAACACCAAGAACGGCACCGCAGGCCUCAUCCCAUCACCUGAGCUACAGGAGUGGCGUGUGGCGUGUAUAGCCAUGGAGAAGACCAAACAGGAACAGCAAGCCAGUUGUACCUGGUUUGGCAAGAAGAAGAAACAGUACAAAGACAAGUACCUGGCCAAGCACAAUGCAGUGUUUGAUCAACUAGAUCUGGUGACAUACGAGGAAGUGGUCAAAGUGCCAUCCUUUAAGAGGAAAACACUGGUCUUGCUUGGUGCACAUGGAGUUGGUAGGAGGCACAUCAAGAACACGCUCAUUACCAAACAUCCUGACCGCUUUGCCUACCCCAUCCCUCACACGACUCGGCCUCCGAAGAAGGAUGAGGAGAACGGAAAGAACUACUACUUUGUGUCUCACGACCAGAUGAUGCAGGACAUCAGCAACAAUGACUACCUGGAGUAUGGCAGCCACGAGGACGCCAUGUAUGGAACCAGGCUGGAGACUAUCAGGCAGAUCCAUGCACAGGGCAUGAUCUCCAUCCUGGAUGUUGAACCACAGGCACUAAAGAUUCUCAGGACAGCUGAGUUUGCUCCCUAUGUUGUCUUCAUCGCAGCUCCCACCAUCACCCCAGGCAUGACCGAGGAUGACUCCCUUCAGCGGCUCCAGAAGGAGUCGGAGAUGCUGCAGCGGACCUACGCUCACUACUUCGACCAGACCAUCAUCAACAACGAGAUCGACGACACCAUCCGACUGCUGGAGGAGGCUGUGGACCUGGUGUCCACCACCCCCCAGUGGGUCCCCGUCUCCUGGGUCUACUGACAUACGCUCGGUGGCAGUUGGCUCAUCGCCCUGAUCGAUCCAUCGCCGAUCCAGCACUGAUGCUAAACUUUGGUCCCCUUCAAUCGCGUCUCUCAUCAGAAUCAUGCAUUUGUGUAGAUAAACUGUUGUUGAAAAAAGAGGGAAAUGAAGAAACUAAGGACUCGCUACAGACUUCAUCCGGCCCCGACCCCCUUUUUCUCAACAGCCUCAAAGGCAUAUCGUUGUGUACAUAUAUACAUAUAUAUAUAAAUGAUAAAAAAAACUAAGUGAAUAUGGUUCUGUCCUUCUAUAGUUGAGGGGUUGGGAGUGGAGGGGCAAUGUGGUAGAUAUUUUGUACUUUUCUUUUGUAAUUGAUGGAUGGGUGGUAACAUUGGAAAGGCAAUAGUGAGCAUGACCAUAAAGCAGUCUUGUGUGGGUGCCUGUGUGUGUGUUGACCUUUAAAGGCACUUCUUGUGGUACUCUGUGUCCUCCCCCCUCCGACGUCCCCCCCCCCCCAAUGUCCUCGGCUCCUGUAACAAACAAGCCGAACUUUGAAGCACAUUAGAAACUGCUAUAGUGGCGACAAGUAACUCCCUCAGCUCCACAUGCAAGUUCGAGAGAAGCAAAAAAAAAAAAAAAAGAAGCACAGGAAACUUGGCAGUUUCUCCCCCCUCCUCCCCCCUCCUCCCCCCCCCUCAGUCCUUUGUUUAUUCCACUGGCCCUCUGUGCCUGUCAGUUUGUUGAAGGAGCGCACUGCAUCUCCUCUACGCUGUCUUUCCGUGUGUCGCUGUAGCCUCUUCUCAACCUCCGACGGUCUUUGUUUACAUCUCGGUUUGCACAAAAAUGGACAAAGGAGACAACGUGCACUGCAUCUCAACUGCACUCACAGUUUUCAUUUAGCCUCUUUAGCCGACGCUCUUCUGGCUGUGUUUACCCCUCUCUCUCUCCCUCUGUACGUGAUCUGCUAAUCAAUGGACCUGGAAUAUCCUUCUUGGGGCACAAUCAGCUAUGGAAAAAGCGCCUGCAACCACCGCUGAACGUGGCUCCUGAGCUAGAAGACAUACAGACUGCCUUUUCAGAGCCUCGGGGAAGUAACACCUAUGCACACCCCUGGUUUCUGCCAAGCAGACAGCCACAACAGAUUCCUUCUUUCUUAACAAAACUCGCUCAAGUGUUCACAGCAACGUCUGUGUGGAAGGGGAGGGCCUCAUGUAGGUGGGACGAAUCCAAUCCCAGAGCCACCAGUUUUGGAACUGUUAACUGUUGUCUUUAAAAAAAUAUAUAUAUAAACGGAGUAUUCUUGUUUUGAGGGAGAGAAAAAUAUCUCUAACUUUUGUGUGUAAAUGUUUCAAUGGUGCGUACGUCAUACGAGUGAAUUACCAAGAGCCAGUGUAUAUUAAUCCUUAAAAGAAGCUCAGUGUGUGACAUAACUUCUUCAUGCUUUACCAGAAGUGUCACAAAGCUGCCCCACCUGCAGGAAGUCAGUAUGUGCGUCAGUCGAAGGGUCUUUUAAAAAAAAAACAACAACAAUAAUAAUAAUAAUAAUAAAUAAAAGAAGAACUGUGGUGUGGCUGCUCUUGUUCCACUUCAAGUAAAGUGUUUUCAUUUCAAGUCCUGUGUAAAUUACCUCUGCAAAUGACAAAAGCAGCUCUUCUGUAUGAAUUGUUGUUCUUUUUUUUGUUAUUUCAUUUUUAAAAAAAAAAAUAUAUUUCCUUUUAUGUGUUUAAAGUAAA